CCAGCGCUCCGUCCGUUUCAUCUUCGAGGAAUUAGAAAACAAAAGAAACCAUGCUAAAAUUCAAAGCGAGUGCUUGCCAGAAUUUUCUUUACGAGUGAGUUUUCUUGAACUUUACAACGAAACUAUUAUUGAUCUUCUAGGAAAACCCAAUAGUAAAUCAGUAUUGUCUGUUCAAGAGAAAAACGGGAUUAUCCACGUGGCGGGGUUGCAGGAACUUCCGGUGUCUUCCCAGCAGGAAAUAUUCGACUUUUUAAGAACAGGAAGUCUCUCUCGUUCUACUGGAAGCACCAACAUGAACCAAUUAUCUUCCCGCUCGCAUGCUAUCUUUACUCUCAUACUUGACCAAAGAAUUUUUUGCGAAGAUGGCAGCGAUAAAUUUUUGAAGUCGAAGUUUCAUUUUGUAGAUCUUGCGGGGUCUGAAAGGCUUAAGAAAACGCAGGCCAUUGGUGAACGGGCCAAGGAAGGGAUAAGCAUCAACUGUGGACUAUUGGCUCUCGGAAACGUCAUUAGUGUCCUCGGCGACCCCGAAAGGAAGCUUCACCACGUGAACUACAGAGACUCAAAACUUACUCGAUUACUACAAGAUUCGCUUGGAGGAAACAGGCUUUCAUUAUUAUUAUUGUAG